AUGGUUCACAACACCUUUGUACUCGAAGCUUGGACAUGGUGGCGGCAAAGCAACAACAUUGCUAACCAUGAGCUCGCUUGCAUACUUGUCAUGCUCGCUCUCCUCCUCCCCGUUGUCCUCACCAUAUCACGGUGUGCAAGAAGAGGAGAUCCACCGUUGCCACCAGGGCCACUAGGCCUACCCUUAGUCGGAAGCCUACCAUUUCUGGACCCUGAGCUCCACACAUAUUUUGCCAGCCUUGCUCGGACCUAUGGUCCAAUUUUUACACUCUGGCUUGGUAACAAGGUCAGCAUCGUGAUCACCUCGCCUGCCAUGGCACGCGAGGUGCUCAGAGACCACGAUGCCACUUUUGCAAACCGGCCGGUUGUCUCCAUUGCCACCAAAGAAAGUCCACUUGGCGGAGUUGACAUCGUGUGGACACCAUAUGGACCUGAGUGGCGGAUGCUGAGGAGGGUGUGUGUUCAGAAACUGCUGAGCAAUGCCACUCUAGACUCUUUCUACACUCUACGACGCAGUGAGGUUCGAAGAACAGUUAGAGACUUUUACCAUCAGGUGGGAUUGCCAGUCAAGUUUGGUGAGCAGAUUUUCCCCAUUUUCCUCAAUGUGAUUACAAACAUGUUGUGGGGUGGCACUGUCACAGGAAAGGAAAAGGCCGAACUUGGAGCAGAGUUCGGAGAGAACAUCAGGCAGAUGUUUGAUAUAUUGGCCAAGCCCAACAUAUCGGAUUUUGUCCCGACCUUGACUCGGUUUGAUUUGCAGGGCAUUCAGAAGCAGAUGAAGGUCAAUGCACAAUGGUUUGAUCAGAUUUUUAAUACGUUGAACGAUCAACAUAUAAAAAUGGAUAGAGAAGGUAAGAGCAAAGAGAGCAAGGAUUUUUUCCAAUUCUUGUUGCAGCUAAGAGAUGAAGAUGAUGCCAAAAUGCCCCUCACCAUGUCCCACAUCAAAGCCUUACUAGUGGAUAUGGUGGUGGGUGGGACGGACACAACAGCCAGCACAGUCGAGUUUACCAUGACAGAGUUGAUGAACAAACCAGAAGUGAUGAGGAAUGUCCAACAAGAGUUGGACACAGUAGUUGGCGAAGAUAACACAGUAGAAGAGUCUCACAUUCACAAGCUACCAUACUUGCAUGCAGUGAUGAAAGAGGUUUUGCGCUUGCACCCACCAGUCCCACUCAUGGUGCCUCACUGUCCCAGCGAGACAUGCAUGGUUGGGGGCUACACAAUUCCGAAAGGUGCUCGUGUUUUCGUCAACGUGUGGGCUAUUCACAGAGACCCUUCCGUUUGGGAAAGCCCUUCGGAGUUUGUUCCCGAGAGGUUCUUGAAUGGAAAAUGGGACUACAGUGGAAAUGACUUCAGUUAUAUUCCGUUUGGUUCGGGACGAAGAAUUUGUGCAGGGAUUACCAUGGCUGAGAGGAUGUUCAUGUUCUUAGUUGCUUCGCUUUUACAUUCCUUUGAUUGGAAAUUGCCUGAAGGAGAGAAAUUAGACUUCUCGGAGAAGUUCGGCAUUGUGGUGAAGAAGAAGGUACCUCUUGUUGCAAUUCCAACACCAAGGUUGUCUGAUACUUCACUUUAUCAGUAAGCUUAAUAACCGAUCGAGCAUUUGAGCUCUAGACAAUAUUAUAAGUGUGGGCGCAUUUGAUAAAUGCAGGUCGGCAAUGUGUAUGUGUGUGCAUUCCGUUUUACUUCGUAUUAGUAAUUAUCUGUGGUAAAUUUGUCAAUAGACUC